AUGUUAAUCAACAUCAACCACAGUCCAAACGGCGGAAUCCAGCUCUCCGGUGGCGGCGGCGGUGGAUUCUGGUGGGGAGUUUUGCUGGCGGAGCCGCCGUCGAGAACAACUGUUGCUUUCACUGCUCUAGCCGGAAUCGUGGUAUUCGCCGCCCUAUUCUACACUACCAGUAGGGGCCGGCUCAAGUCACCAUGGUCUCGGAGGAAGAGAAAACAUGCCCUUACUCCUAGGCAAUGGAAAAGUUUGUUUACACCGGAUGGGAAACUCCGUGAUGGCGGAGUUAAGUUUUUGAAGAAAGUUCGAAGCGGGGGUAUUGAUCCGAGUAUUAGAUCUGAGGUCUGGCCGUUCCUCCUUGGAGUAUAUGACUUGAAUAGUACCACCGAAGAAAGAGAGAUUAUAAAAACCCAGAAAAGAAAGGAAUAUGAGAAAUUUCGCAGACGGUGCCGACGACUUCUCAAACGCAGCAAUGAGUGCUCCAAAGGAACCAGUGAAACAAGCUGUAUUGAGGACAGCGGAAGUCUUGCUCAAGACUCUGACUGUUCAAGUUAUGAAGAUGUGGUGAGUGCCAGGGAGUCUCUUUCCAGUGAGGAAAGGAGUCGUGAUGUUGAGGACUCUGAUGACCCCUCCAGUGCACUGUUGGAAGGUGAUGAUGGUUCAGGACAAGCCAUAAACACUGAUGCCUCUGCUCUAAACACCGACUCUUCUGAUUCAGACUCUUCUGAAGACCCUGAAGUCAUUCAGGCUUCCUCCUCUUCAGAGGGCAGGGAAGAGAAUGAUCCUGAUGUGCCUUUGAAAGAGAACAUUUCUCCCUCUAGGACUGAGAUCCAUCCAAACCAAUGCAACAGCGAAAAUUUUGCCACAUGGCAGCGGAUCAUUCGUGUUGAUGCAGUGCGAGCCAAUUCUGAAUGGAUUCCGUAUUCUCCAUCGCAGGCAACAGUAUCAGAGUGUAGAGCACACCGUGCUGCGGAGGCUGUUGGGUUGAAGGACUAUGAUCACCUGGAACCUUGCAGAAUUUUCCAUGCUGCAAGACUAGUUGCUAUUCUCGAAGCUUAUGCAGUCUAUGACCCUGAAAUUGGGUAUUGCCAGGGCAUGAGUGAUCUCCUUUCUCCAAUAAUUGCAGUGGUCACAGAGGAUCAUGAGGCUUUCUGGUGUUUUGUGGGUUUUAUGAGGAAGGCUAGGCAUAAUUUUAGGCUCGAUGAAGUGGGGAUCCGAAGGCAACUCAUGGUGCUGUUCAGGAGGGAACUGACAUUUGAACAGACAAUUUGCCUCUGGGAGGUGAUGUGGGCAGAUCAGGCAGCAAUAAGGGCUGGUAUUGGAAAGUCUGCAUGGAGCAGGAUAAGGCAGCGAGCACCACCAACAGAGGAUUUAUUGCUUUACGCUAUUGCAGCCUCUGUGUUACAGAAAAGGAAACUAAUCAUAGAGAAAUACAGCAGCAUGGACGAGAUCUUAAGGGAAUGCAAUAGCAUGUCUGGGCACCUUGAUGUAUGGAAACUCCUUGACGACGCUCAUAAUCUGGUGGUGAACCUUCAUGACAAGAUAGAGACACCCUUCUGA